AUGGCUACCACAUUCGAGGAACAAUUGGAGAGCAAGUCUAGUGCCAACGCCACUGUGAUUCCAGCUCCAAUAGUGUAUAUUAAAGUUGUUGCAGUUAAAAAACUUGUAGUUGAAUAUUGGGGUUCUAUCCGUGGUGGAAACCAGGAUCAUUGUCUUGAAAAAAUUAUAAUGUUCAAAGCAGGCUUAUGUCUGAAUACAUUUGCAUGGAAUAAUAAAAUAGGACGACUAACUUUUGCGAAAACAUUUGUCAAGGAUGUUUUCAUUAAUCAAGAACGAAAGUUAGAGGAUCAAAGACGAUCAGAUACCAUCGAAACAGUUGAAGUCAAUCAUGUCGGCGAGAAUCAACUUAGGGGAGACUUUGAGUGCACUUCUUCACUUGGAAGGUCAAUUUUGGAUGUCAUAAAUGACUGGGAAGGUAGUUCUUUCUGGGAUCGAGGAUCGCAACGGAUACCCUUUGGGCUAGCAGCUAGGUUUCUAACACGAUGGGAUGUUGGACGUGACAUUCAGGUAGACCAGGAUCAUGAGAACGAUAGACGCGAACCACAGCAGUAUUCAGAUUCAACCUACAAUUAUUAUCGAAGUGGCGGAAAUCGAAACGAUCCUAGUACUUGGAGUUCGCAUGAACUCAAAGAAUGGUUAUCAGACAAACGUAUAUCUUACAAAGGCAUUCCAGAAAAGCAAGAGUUGGUCACUUUAGUCAAUGUUUAUAAGUCUGAAAAUAUAUACAAAUCUAUAAAUAAAGAUAAUCAAGCUGCUAGAAAAAAUUAUAAACGAUUAUUAAAUAUUAAUUUUAAUACUUUUGUUAAAAUCUAA